AUCUCCACAGCGCUUGGAUAUGUUACUGGUAGUUGUAGUUUUUGGAGCAGCGAGUCUAGACGUUGUGAAUCGGUUCUAACACAAAAUAAACUACUCUACCCAGACACCCACAAUACCGCUAGAACUGGAGCAGAAAACCGAGCGAUCGAUCAAAAUGCAUGAAGCCCAUGUAAGAUGAAAAUGCUAUUUUAAACCUCUAUGUUGUAUGACGACUUUAGACUAUGCUUAACACGCUUCAGUCCACACAAUCAUAAAAUUGUGCAUUAUUUGUAUGAUUAUUAUUUAUUAUUAUUAAGUGACGUUUGUUUUUUCUGUCAUCCAUUGAUUUGUUUUCUCUCCUCCGCCAUGAUGUUACAUGGUAUGGGCUGGACAGCUAACUAGCUCCUUUAGCCUGCUGGGUGCUUGUGUUUGGGAAGGGAGGUGGUGCAAUGGGGAGAUGCUUUGCGCCGCUAAGCUUUACAUAGCAUUUGCCUCCAACAGAAUGCACCUUCACCAACGAGCUGUAUCCUCUGUUGAACCGCUCGUUGUCCUCGAGGGCUGCUGAUUGACAGCACAACGAUAUUUUAACGGUGGCCGAAGGACAGUGCUUCGUAACAAUUUAAAGAUUAACGCUCGCUGAAGUAAGCUGCCAGGCUAGUUCGGAGCUAGCCCCUCCUUGCUCUCUCUCUCUGUACAGUACCAUCAGAUUUCUCAGUCUCCUGCUGUAGGAAUGUUCUCUAAAAAGCCUCAUGGAGACGUCAAGAAAUCAACACAGAAAGUGUUGGACCCUAAAAAGGAUGUACUGACGAGACUCAAACAUCUGAGGAUAGUCAUCGAGAACGCAGAGUCAUCGGAGCUGAAGCAGUUCUUUGAUCAGAACUACUCGCACAUCUACUAUGUCUUCUUUGAGAACUUUGUCACCAUCGAGGUCGGCCUCAGACAAAAAGGACACAAGUCUCAGAGGGAGGAGCUGGAUUCCAUCCUCUUCAUCUUUGAGAAAAUCCUCCAGCUCCUACCGGAGAGAAUUCAGAGCAGAUGGCAGUUCCACAGCAUUGGGCUCAUCCUCAAGAAGCUGCUGCACACAGGAAACUCCCUCAAGAUCCGUCGCGAGGGCGUGCGCCUGUUCCUGCUGUGGAUGCAGGCGCUGCAGAGCCACGCCGAGCGGGAGCAGCUCUGCAUGUUCGCCUGCCUGAUCCCGGGGUUCCCCGCGCCGCUGUGCCACGGCACCCCCCGCACGCUGGACACUCUGAUCAACCCGCCGCUCAACCUCACAGAGACUCAGGUGACUCCAGAGGAGAUCACCCCAUUGGUCCCUCCUCAGUCAGGGGACAAGAACCAGGAAGACCUCACUGCCUAUUUCCUGGAAGCAUUGCUCAAAUACAUGGUAAACCAGGCCAAGUCUCUGGAAUGGCGCUGCAAAGAGAACCACGAGCGUGGCUUCAACUUCCUCUUUGACCACUUCAGGAAGUUCUACCUGCCCCACAUCUUUCCCAACUUCUCCAUGGAAACCAGCCUCUACCAACCCAUAUUGGACGUGCCCCCCAUGCGGCCCAAGCCCUACUACAGCAUGGUGCGCAGGGAGCCCGAUACCGGCAGCGAGCCCCUCUACUGCACCAAGGAGAGCUUCCUGCAGGCACGGGUCAUCUUCAUCCGCUGGCUGGUGUCCUUCUGGCUGGAGCCGCGCACCAACGCCCAGACCAUCAUCCCCGGCACCGAGGGCGAGAUCAUCCCCAAGAACAUCCAGAGAGCGGCCGCGGGCCUCGCCGCUCGCGCCGCCGGCCUCUCGGACGACGGCCUGGGCGGGCUGCGGUCCGACAACCACCUCGACGGCACUGGCUCCGCGGGCUCCGGCGGGCUGGGAGGGGGCGGCGGCGGCGGCAUCGGCGGCGCGCUGGGCGGCAAUUGCGGCGGUCUGGGCGGCGGCGGCGGGCUCUCGGGGGGCUUCGGGCGGGAGGGCGAGCAGAGCCACUCCAACACGUCCACGCUGACGGAGCGCGAGCCCAGCUCGUCCUCGCUGUGCUCCAUGGACGAGGAGCAGCUGACGGACAUGGAGGUGGUGCGCCGGGUGCUCACCAGCAACAGGACCAACGUCAACUUCAUCACCGAGAUCUUCAGACAGGCCUUUCUCCUGCCCAUGUGCGAGGCGGCCGCCAUGCGUAAGGUGGUGCGCGUGUACCAGGAGUGGAUCGCCAUGGAGGACAAGCCGGUGUUCAUGAAGGAGCCGGACCACGGCCCCUACCCCGCCACCAACAGCCUGGACCGGGAGCACGACGACCAGUCUAACAAACUCAUUGACAAUGAGAUGCUCGAGUACAGUAUCCAUGCUGGGGUCCAAACCACACUUCAGGUGUUCAUCACCCACUCCGCCAACGUGUUCCUGCUUGAGCCGGCCAACGACCUCAAGACCCUGCUGGAGGAGCAGGUGGACAUGUGCAAGCGUGUGCUCAACAUCUACCGCAGCCUCGUCAUGCACCAGAGCAUGGACCAGAAGACCUGGGAGCAGAUCUUGCUGGUGCUGCUCAGGGUGACUGAGUCGGUGAUGAAGAGGCCUCCCUCCAUCAUGCCUCAGGGGAAGAAGAGCAACACGCUGUCGGGACGGCUCGCUGCAGCCUUGUUUCAGACCCUGAUCGUGGCCUGGAUCAAGGGGAACCUCAACGUCUUCAUCAGCCGGGACCUGUGGAACGACCUGCUCUCGGUGCUCUCCUCCCUCACCUGCUGGGAGGAGCUGGUCACCGAGUGGUCCCUCACCAUGGAAACCCUCACCAAGGUGCUCGCCAGGAACCUGUACACGGUGGACCUGAAUGAGCUUCCUCUGGACAAACUAAGUGAACAGAAGCAGAAGAAGCACAAAGGAAAAGGCAUGGGUCUGGAGGGCCAGCGGCAGUGCGUGGACCGCUCCUUCUCCAAAGGCUGGAGCCGCGACCAGCCGGGCCAGGCGGCCGCCAUGAGGCAGCGCAGUGCCACCACCGCCGGCUCCCCCGGCCUGGAGAAGGCCAGGAACAUCGUCCGGCAGAAGACCGUCGCCCUGCGUAGCUGCUCCACGGGGGAUUCUCUGCUCUCCUCAGCCUUUAUCCGCAGUGCUAAGAGUGCUCCUGCUCUGGCCCCGCCUCUUCCUGUCCUCCACAACCACCAACACUUUCCCUUACUACCCCCUCUAGCUGACCAGCUGGCAGACCUCGAGGACCCGCCCAUCACCCUGGCACCCCGCCCCUCCCGCAUGCGCCACUCCUCGCAGAGCGAGGAGGCGCCCAGCGCUUCCUGCUCCGAGGUCUUCCAGGGCGGGUCAUGUGACCUGGAGUCGGCCCCGCCCCCGGUGCUGGCGCGGAGCAGCAGCGCCUCCGACGUGGUCAUGGAGCCCUUCGUCACGGAGCGGGCCAAAGGUGACGAGCCCCCCGACGACCCCCGCACCACCCCUGUUUCUUCCCACCACCUCACCCCCACUUUCUCACAGCUCACAGCCAGUAGCCUCGCCACGCCACCACCCCCGCCGCACUCCCCCGCCUCCGACCCCCUGGCCUCCCACCACGCCGUCCUCUCGUCCUCCUUGGACGAGCUGGGCGACGGCGCACUGUACGCCCAGCUCUGGCCCGGCCCGGCCCCUCGAGGGCGGGCCCCCCGCUCCGACUGGGCCAGCGUCUCGGACUCCGCCCUCGUCUUCUCCCCCGAGAGAGAGAUGGACGAGGAGGACGGGGGAGCGGGAGAAGAGGAGGACGACCUGUUCUCCUCCAUCAGGGAUUACCUCACCCAGAGGGGGGCCGAGUGGCGGGAGGAGGCCACGGCCGCGGGGGGGAAAGGGAAGGAGGGCGCCGGGGGCGACGCGGACGCCGCGCCCCAGCCCGUGCUGGUGCAGACGGGCAUAGCUAGGACCCAGGUAGGGCCGCUAGGGCAGGUCCGGGAGGCCCGGCAGGUGGCCCGGGAGGACGCCCGACAGGUAAGUAAAGCGGGGAGGCACGGCAGCGAGGACUCUGGGGAGGAGACGGAGGCGGAGCAGCGCAGCAUCUACGAGUGCCUGGAGCUGCAGUGCCCGUGGCCGUCGCCCGGCAGCGGCAGCUCCAGUCUAGAGAGGCAGGGCGGCCGCCGGGAGAGGAGGGACGGGGACGGAGACGGGGACGAGAGGGGAGGGGAUCAGGGAAGGGACCGUAAGGAAGUCGUGGUGUCGUCGCCGUUGUCCGAGAGACGCCCCCAGCUGACGAGGCAGGAGCCCCUGGAGACGGAGAUCGUCGGCGGCCCCGCCGCGAGCCCCCCCUCUCAGACCCCCAGCCCGGAGACGUCCCGGGGUAAGCUUGCCCGCGGGCGCCCCAAGAAGCGGCAGGCGAGCGGGGUCCACGUGAGCUUCCGGCCCUCCACCGAGUCGGUGCAGUUCCACAACCCCCUGGAGAGCAAGGAGGCCCACUGGAGGGCCCGGCUGCGGCGCCUCAGCCACUUCCACACGCACAGCCACUCCGCCGGGGAGCGGCCCGGCACCCCGCCCGGGGCCAAGGCGGGUCCGGGCGGUGUGGGAGGGUUACCCGGGGUGGGCCUCAAGGCGGGGCUCCAGGAGAAGGCCGGCCCCGGGGAGCCCUCGGCGGCCGGCCCCGGUGCCCCAGGGGACCGCUCGGGGGCCGGGGGCCAGGACUGCAGCGACAAGGACGAGGAGCGCCCGGCGGGGGGCGCGGCCCACCCGGAGAAGGCGGCCGGGGCCGGCUCCUCCGGGGUGAGGGGCCGCCUGGGCCGCUCCGGCCUGCGGCCCCGCGGGUCCCGCUCUCGCUCCCAGGAGCCCGGCGGCGGCGGCGGCGGCCCCCGGCACCACCACCAGGUGGCCCUGCUGGGCGGGGUCUAUAAGACGGUGGUGCACGCGCUGUCCUCCAAGCCGCGGCCCCGGGGCCAGGGCUCGUCCCAGGGCUCGUCCCCGCAGCGGCAGGUCCGCGGGGCCUCUGGCGACGCGCCCCUCAGGGACCUCUACUCCCACGUCCUGGGCUACUUUGGACGCAAGACCGCGACGCCAGCAGCCAAUAAGGAGGAGGUGGUCCAGAAAGCACGCCCGGUCUCCAGCGACGUUGGCGGCGCGAACCCCAACUUCUCGGACCUGAUGGACGAGUUCAUCCAGGAGAGGCUGAAGGGUCGCCGUGGCAGCAGCCCAGGCAGUCUGGAGAUCCCCAAGGACCUGCCGGAGCUCCUGGACGGCGGCCAGGGUCCCGGGUCGCGGGCCUCAGACGACCCGCGGCCCAUCGACGACCCCGGGGUUCCCUCAGAGUGGACCUCCCCCGCCAGCGCCAGCGGCUCUGAUGUCGUCAGCUCCGACAGCCAAUCGGAUUCCUUUAAUGCCUUUCAGUACACCAGCUGCAAGUUUGACACCUUCACCUUCAGCUCAGACCUGGGCACCGGAGCAGGAGGGGGAUCGGGGUCUGACGGAGGAGGCGGGCGGGGAAGCUCCCUAGACCAGGACAGCCUUGGAGGGGGCAUGGCCUGUGAGGAACAGGAAGUGGCCAGUCUGACGACGCUCCACCUCGACUCGGAGACCAGCAGCCUCAGUCACACCGUCACCGUCACUGGGUCAGAGAGUGCCGAGUCUCCCGUGCGUUCUCUGGGGGGCUCUCGGUCCCAGACCCCCUCCCCCGCAACGCUGACGGCGGAGCACGCAGAGCGCACGCACUCCCACUCGCACACACACCUGCAACUGGACCAGAAGCUGCACCACGCUGCCCUGCAGACCCCUGACCACGAAACAAGUGAGGACUGUAGCGUGAUGGCUGGGGGCUCUUUGAUCGGUUGGCAUGCCGACGUCGCCACGGUAAUGUGGCGGAGGAUGCUGGGUAUCCUCGGAGACGUCAACACCAUCAAGGACCCAGAGAUCCACGCCCAGGUGUUUGACUAUCUGUGUGAGCUAUGGCAGAACCUGUCCAAGAUCCGGGAUAAUUUGGGCAUUUCUCUGGACAACCAAUCAUCUCCUCCGCCUCCUGGUCUGAUCCCGCCCCUCAGAAUCCUAACACCAUGGCUGUUCAAGGCGACCAUGCUGACGGAGCGCUACAAGCAGGGGAAGCUCCACGCCUACAAGCUGAUCUGCAGGAUCAUGAAGAGGCGCCAGGACGUGUCCCCCAACACAGACUUCCUCACGCACUUCUACAACAUCAUGCACCACGGCCUCCUGCACCAGGACCAGGACAUAGUGAACACCAUCAUCAAGCACUGCAGCCCCCGAUUCUUCAGCAUUGGCCUUCCCGGAGCCACCAUGCUCAUCCUGGACUUCAUCAUCGCCGCUGCUCGCGUCACCGCCUGCUCCUCGCUCAACGCUCCCAGGGUGGAGGCGCAGGUGCUGCUGGGCUCCCUGGUGUGUCUGCCCAACCUGUACGAGGAGCUGCCCGCCCUGCACCCCACCACGGCCGACCUGGUGCUCACCAAGUUCACCGACGUCAAGGAACACAUUAUCAAACACAUCUUGACCUCCGCCAAAGAUGAACCCUCCGCUCCUGCAAGGUGUGUGGCCCUGUGCAGUCUGGGGAUCUGGCUGUGCGAGGAGCUGGUCCGAGGCACCCAGCACCCCCAGAUCAAGGAGGCACUCAACGUGCUGUGUGUCACUCUGAAGUACCCCAACAAGAGCGUAGCAUUGGUCGCAUCUGAUGUCCUUCACCUGCUGAUCAACUAUGCUGAUCACCUGCAGAAAUUCCCACCGGACACCCCCAAGAAGAUUGUUGAGAUUUUGAUUGCCACAAUCACAUGCCUGCUGCCUUCUACGGAGUCCUCCCCUCAUGAACUGGACAAGAGGCUGGUAGUGUCCUUGCUGCUGUGUCUGUUGGACUGGGUCAUGGCCCUGCCCCCCAAGACCCUGCUGCGGCCCGUUCAAACACGCAGCCCCUCAGACAAGGACCAGCCCACCAAGACCCUGCUGAGCUGCAUUUACAAGGUGCUGCACGGCUGUGUGUACGGCGCCCAGUCGUUCAGCAGCGCCAAGUACUUCCCCCUGCAGCUGUCGGACCUGUCCAGCUCCGAGUACGACCCCUUCCUGCCCCUGGAGAGCCUGCGGGAGCCCGAGCCGCUCCACAGCCCCGACUCGGAGCGCUCUAGCAAGCUGCAGCCCGUCACCGAAGUCCGCAGUCGCCUCCAGCACGGCCUGGUUUCCAUAGCGGCGAGGACGGUCAUCACACACCUGGUCAACCAUCUGGGGCAUUACCCCAUGUCUGGGGGUCCUGCUACGCUCACCAGCCAGGUGUGUGAGAACCACGACAACCCGUACUGCGAGAGCCCCGACCUGGGUCCAGAACUCUUCCACUCCCCCAACCUCCAGUUCCUGGUGCUCAACGGCUCCACGCUGCUCUCUGUGCUGCAGAUCCGGUCCGAGUCGGGGGUCCCUGGAGGGGGGAUGACCGCCGGGCUGUCCUCGGUGCCCGCCUGCGUGCGCGUGGUGGUCCGGGACGUGGCCGGCAAACACUCGUGGGACUCGGCCGUCCUGUACGGGCCGCCGCUCUGUCCCGGCGGGCAGGCCACCCCGCCGCCAACACGCCCACACCCUCAGGCCCCGCCGCAGGGCCUGCAGCUGCACACCCCGCCCGGACCCCCGGCCCGGAGGCUGGGCGACAAGAGAGAGGUGCAGGAGGAGGUGAGGGAGGAGGAGGAGGAGGAGGAAGAACCAGAGGAGGAGCAGGACUGCAGCCCUGUGGAGAAGGAGAAGGAGCAGGGGGUGGACAGUGAGAAAGGGGAGGACGACGAGGAGAAGGACGAGGACGAUCAGAAAGAGGGCGAGGACGCGGUCAUGGAGCGGGGGGACACCGGCUCUGAGCAGCUGCCCGCCCCGCCAUUGGCCAAGCGCGUGUGUCGGGAGGCGGUGCCUGGCUGGGAUUCGCUGAGGGAGGGAGACGACACGCUGGAUGAGAUGCUACAGUACCUGGGCUACUCCAGUCCCGAGUGUCUGCAGAGAGCAGGCAUGCCUCUCAAUAUCCCCGCCCCUCAACCAGCGUGCGUCUCGGAGAAGCAGGAGAAUGACGUCAUCAACGCCAUCCUGAAGCAGAGUGCUGCAGAGCACGAAUUCAUCCUGCUCCGAGGGGAGGGGCUGAACAUGCGGGCGUCCCAGCAGCCCGAGCCCGACACCGAGACCCCGCAGUCGGCCUUCUACUACUGCAGACUGCUGAUCAACAUCCUGGGCCUCAACUCAUGGGAGAAGAGGACCAACUUCCACCUGUUGAGGAAGAACGAGAAGCUACUGCGAGAACUGAAGAACCUGGACUCCCGUCAGUGCCGCGAGACGCACAAGAUCGCGGUGUUCUACGUGGCCGAGGGCCAGGAGGACAAGCACUCUAUCCUGACCAACACAUCGGGGAGCCAGGCCUACGAGGAGUUUGUCUCUGGGCUGGGCUGGGAGGUGGACCUGACCAGUCACUGCGGCUUCAUGGGCGGCCUGCAGAGGAACCACAGCACAGGCAUGACCACGCCCUACUUCGCCACCUCCACCACCGAGGUGGUCUUCCACGUGUCCACGCGCAUGCCCCCGGACCAGGACCACAACCUCACCAAGAAGCUGAGGCACCUGGGAAACGACGAGGUGCACAUCGUGUGGUCGGAGCACUCGCGUGACUACCGCCGCGGCAUCAUCCCCACCGAGUUCGGGGAUGUGCUCAUCGUCAUCUACCCCGUCAAGAACCACAUGUACUCCGUCCACAUCCUCAAGAAACCCGAGGUGCCGUUCUUCGGGCCCUUGUUUGACGGCGCCAUAGUGGACAUGAAGAUCCUGCCCACGAUGGUCAGGGCCACCGCCAUCAACGCCAGCCGGGCCCUCAAGUCUCUGAUCCCACUCUACCAGAACUUCUACGAGGAGCGUUCCCGCUACUUGGAGACCAUCGUCCUGCACCACCAGGAGCCCACCACCUUCGAGGACUACGCGGCCCGCGUCUACAGCCCCGCCCCCUGCACGCACCCCCCCUCUGACGCAGGCUCCUGCCUCGAGAUUCUUCGGGGAGAAAGUCCGGCUCUGGGGGAGGUCGGGGGCGACUCCCCCUCGCCCAUGUCUCCUCGGACUAGCAAGAGCCGCAUGUCCAUGAAGCUGAGGCGCUCGUCGGGAUCGGCCAACAAGACCUGAGCAAGAGGAGUCGACCCCC